AUGCGUAGAUAUCUUCAAUUACCUCUGAUCUUUAACUCAACUGCUUCGCGUACUUACAGAGAUCUUCCUUGCCAGCAUCGGUUCUGCACGAACAACCAGAAUGUCUUCCAAUGCAGAGAUGACAAAUGUGUUUAUAGGAUUGCAUAUGCAGGUGGUUCUGCAACCGCAGGUGUUGCUGCACAGGAUAUAUUACAAUCUACAGAAAAUGACCGCAUUCUGUUUUAUUUUGGUUGCUCGAGAGACAAUCAGAACUUUUCAACAUUUGAAAGUUCAGGCAAGGGUGGUGGAAUCAUUGGGUUGAACAUGUCCCCCGUUUCUCUCUUGCAACAAAUGAAUCACAUAACAAAAAACCGUUUCUCUUACUGCUUAAAUCUAUUUGACUUAAGUUCACCAUCACAUGCUACUAGCCUUCUCAGGUUUGGCAAUGACAUUCACCAAUCGCGAAGAAAAUAUCUUUCAACUCCAUUUGUAUCUCCACGAGGCAUGCCUAAUUACUUUCAGAACUUAAUUGAUGUAAGUGUUGCUGGGAAUCGCAUGCAGAUUCCACCAGGGACCUUUGCGCUGAAACCUGAUGGAACUGGAGGUACCAUUAUUGAUUCAGGAACGGCAGUCACUUACGUUAGUCAGACUGCUUAUUUUCCUGUAAUCACUGUAGGGAUCGGAAGGGGGUCACAACGACACCCACAAUGUCACACAAUCAAGACAACCAACCAAUUAUGCAAUCCAAUCAAUCCAAAUUGUCACACAAUCAAAUUAACAAAAGAAACCAGCAACUAA